AUGUGUGGCACUUGGGGACAUGGUUUAGUGGUGAAGAGGGAGGGGAAGCACGGUGUCCAGGGCGCGGCCACGCUCUUCUACAUGGUGCACUGCGGGAAGGCCCUGUACAACAACCUGCUGUGGAGCAACUGGAGCCCCGCGGCGCUCUCCAAGCUGGUCAUCAUCGGGAACAGCUUCCGAGGAAUCGAGGAGAGAUUGCUGUCCAGAAUCUUGGAGAGAGAUUAUUCUUACAUAGCAAAGGUCUUGAAAGGAGUGGAGGAAGUGGCACUCCCCAGUCACCCCCGCUACCUGGACACUUUCAAUGACACCUCUGUGCACUGGUUUCCCCUGGAUAAACUGCAGGAGCUCUCCUCUGAGGUCUGGGAUUUCGUGGAGGAGCCGAUGUACCAAGAUUGUGAGGACCUGGAGAUCAUCAGGAAGGGGGAGGGAGCUACUGCCAAGGCCUGACCAUCCCUGUGGUGGCAGGGCUGGGAUCCACAACUCUUCCCAUGGAAGCUUCUGGGCAGCUGAGAUGGAGCUCAUGUAGCAUCAGGCUUUGUCAAAAGUGGCAGCACCUGAUUGCUGAGGUGAUGGGACAUUUUUGUAUGUUAUUUAAUAAAAAGUAAAGCUUA